AUGGUAUUUAUUUAUGGAUUUUGUGAUGGAAAUUCAAGAUCAUCCGUUCAAGAAUACGCUAGAAGAUUUCCCAAUAGGCGUACGCCUAAUAGGCAAGUAUUUACAGAUCUAUUUAAUCGACUAAGGGAGACAGGAUGUGUUAGAAAAGUUGUCCCUGACGGUGUAGUUCAAACUCCUGUAGAGGUUGAAAAUGACAUCUUACACUCUGUUCAGCAAAGCCCAGGAACAAGCGUAAGAAAGCUUUCACGACAGCACCUGGUGUCUAUUUCUAAAACCUGGAGAAUUUUACAUAAUGAAGGAUUAUAUCCUUAUCACUUAAGAAAGGUUCAGGCGCUUCACGCUGGUGAUACCCUAAGAAGGUCUCAGUUUUGUCGCUGGGUAGCAGGAAAUCGUCACCAAAUUAAGUUCAUACUCUUUACUGAUGAAGCUCAAUUUACUCGGAAUGGAAUAAACAACUCAAAAAAUGUCCACAUAUGGGCCGAAGACAAUCCACAUGCCACAGUGGAGACAAACUUUCAACAGAGGUUUUCGGUGAAUGUUUGGUGCGGUCUUUUAAAUGACAAACUUGUAGGACCUCACAUCUUAGAUGGUGCUCAAAACGGUGUAAGUUAUCUACAUUUCCUAAACAACACUUUGCCGGAACUGCUCGAAGAUGUUGCCAUCCAGUCAAUGGCAAGGAUGUUUUAUCAACAUGACGGUGCUCCCCCACACAGGAGUCGAGCUGUAGUUGAAACGCUGAGAAACCGUUUCGAGGAAAAACUUAUUGCUCAUCAAGGACCAGUGAAUUGGCCCCCUAGGUCGCCCGACCUGACUCCGAUGGAUUACUUCCUAUGGGGAUACAUGAAAACAGAAGUUUACAGAAGCAAGCCUCAAACAAGAGAAGAGCUGGUAGAGAAGAUUCACACCGUAGCAGAAACAAUAAAAAGUAAUCCUAUCAUGAUAAGAGCAGCUACAUUAUCUCUGGUUAAACGUGCUAGACUGUGUCUGUCUAAAAAUGGAGGCCAUUUUGAAAACCUCAUCAGUUAA